AUGAACAAUGUCAAUGACAAGACGCUGUCUGUUCUGUCCUUGAAUUGCUGGGGUCUCAAGGUGGUGGCUAAACAACGUGAGUUUCGUUUACACGCCAUUGGCGAUAGAAUUAGUAGUGAAGACUAUGACAUUGUUGCUUUACAAGAAGUCUGGAUGAGAAAGGACUUUGAUUAUAUCAAGGCCAAAGUAGGCUCCAAACUCCCUUUCACCAAAUAUUUCCAGAGUGGCACUUUGGGAAGUGGAUUAGCUAUUUUAUCUCGGUUUCCUAUUCUGUCAUCAUCUUACUUGAAAUUUACUCUGGCAGGUAGACCACUCAAAGUUUUGCAGGGCGAUUUUUAUGUAGGAAAAGGGUGUGGAUCUGUCUGCAUAGAUCAUCCAGAAAUUGGUUUGAUGGAUGUAUAUACCACACAUGCAACAGGAUAUGGUCAAGGUGAAGAUUAUGAGGCACAAAGAAUUACCGAAUGCUGGCAAAUUGCCAACAGUGUCAGAGCUUCAGCAGCUCAGGGACGACAUGUCAUUUUGGCAGGUGAUUUUAAUAGUAUUCCUACUAGCAACUGUUAUCAAAUGUUAAAGAACCAUGGAUUCAUGACAGAUACGUGGUUAGAAAAACAUGAUCAUACCCUAGAUGAUCUCUCAGACAGUAUUCAACGUUUUGGCAUUACCUGCGAUUCUCCAUUAAACACUUGGACCAAGCAUCUCUUGAAACAAGAACCACAUCUCAAAGAAUUCGGUGAUCGUUUGGAUUAUAUCUUUUAUCGUAGAUCACCACAAAUCAUCUGUCAAGAGUCUCGCGUUGUGAUGGAAGGAUAUAUACCCGGUACAGAGUGGAGUUAUUCAGAUCAUUUUGGUGUCCAUUCCGUAUUCACCAUAGCAGGUCAUGUCGAUACUGCCAUGGGCAAUUUCGCACCAAAUUCUAAGCAGUUGGCAAGACCGGACUUUACACAGUUAUCUUCCGCCCAUCUCAUCACCGCUAUUGAGAUCAUUCAGCGUGAGUAUAAUCAAGCCAAGAAAACGGGCCACCAGUAUCUGGUGCUACUCUGUUUAUCUGUAAUCGUGGUAGUGGGCGCUUAUAUUGCUCAACUUAUCAGUUAUGAGGGAAGCACACAGAUCAUUGUGCAUGCAGUAUGUGGAUUUGUCAUGAUUGCAUGCUCAGGGUUUGCUAUGGUAUGUUUAAUUGUUGGUUUUGUGUUUGGAGGCACCGAGCAAAGAUCGCUUGAUCAAUAUAUGAUUGAUUUACGGGUCUGUCUAAAGACCUUACAAAAACCACCGAUAACAUCCAUGAGCGGAUCUAGUUUUAGCACUAAAACUUCCCUGUCGUCUGAAGAAGAAGGAAUAGUUGAAAAGCCAAUGUUGAAAAAACUACGCUAG